AGCUCCGCACGGCAGGGUACCCGGGCCGCGCCCCCGGGGUUCCCAUGGCGACGACGGCGCAGGCCGGGCGGGGUCGGGUCCGGCGCAUGCGCGCGCGCGCCGGACGCGGGGCGUCUUCCCGAGUCGCCCACUGCUGGUCGCCGGGUCCUCGAACCGCGGGCGGCCCGGGCUCCUCCUCGGCCAUGGCCCCCCGGCCCGCGUGCAGGUCCCUGCUGUCGCCGCCGCCGCCGCCGCUGCUGCUGCUGCUGCUGCUGAGCCUGGCGCUGCUGGGCGCCCGCGCCGAGCCCGCCGCCGGCAGCGUCGUCCCCGCGCAGAGCCGCCCGUGCGUGGACUGCCACGCGUUCGAGUUCAUGCAGCGCGCCCUGCAGGACCUGCGGAAGACGGCCUACAGCCUGGACGCGCGGACAGAGGCCCUCCUGCUGCAGGCCGAGCGCCGGGCCCUUUGUGCUUGCUGGCCAGCUGGGCGCUGAAGACUCGCCAGUGCUAAUCCUGCCAAUAAACACCUGCCACCACA